AUGCUGCUUACUGAUGACAAUGUCGGCUCCGCUUGUUUCUCGAGAAAUGAGACUGGAAUCAUCCAAAUCUCCCUCCACUACUUGGACUUGAUUGCUAUCGAAGGCCUCCUUGACAGCUUCAAUUUUGGCAGCACCUCGUACCAAGGCCUUCACUUGGUAUUCGGGGUGCAGUUUGUUGAUAAGAUAGAGGAAAUCGCCACCAAUGUAGCCCGAAGCACCGGUUCUAGAGAUAUUAUGAGGGAGUUCGACCAACAAGAAGAUCUUGGCCAUGGUUUUCAGCUGGCAAUGCAAAUACUUGCGCAAGUAUAG